AUGCCCAACGACGACGCAUACAGCAAGCCUUCGCCACCGUCGGAAGCCCCGCACGCCCCUGGGGCACCACCGCAGGGCAAGGCCGGGGGCUUCGGCAAAGCGGCCGGGGGCUUCGGCAAAGCGGCCGGGGGCUUCGGCAAAGCGGCCGGGGCGCUGCUCGGGACCACGGGCGGCGCGGGCGCCGGGGGCAGCGGCGGCUGCGGCGGCUCAGGCUCGGGGGCGUCGGGCAUGGGCGCCGCCGCGAGCAAGAAGUCCCCGCGGCUGCCCAAGUGCGCGCGGUGCAGGAACCACGGCUACGCGUCGCCGCUCAAGGGCCACAAACGCUUCUGCAUGUGGCGGGAGUGCCAGUGCAAGAAAUGCAACCUGAUCGCAGAGAGACAGCGCGUGAUGGCCGCGCAGGUGGCCCUGAGACGGCAGCAGGCCCAGGAGGAGGAAUUGGGCAUCAGCCACCCCAUCCCGCUGCCCAGCGCGGCUGAGCUGCUCAUCAAGAGGGAGAACGACAGCAGCACCCCAUGCCUGAUGACUGAGGGCAGCAGCACCUCGCAGACCCCACCGGCCAGCACCCCGACCAUGUCAGCGCCAGAGGGCCGGGUGGUCAUCCAGGAUAUUCCUGCUGUCACCAGCAGAGGGCACGUGGAGAACACACCUGACCUCGUUUCCGACUCCACCUACUACAGCAGCUUUUACCAGCCGUCUCUGUUCCCUUACUACAACAAUCUGUACAACUACCCGCAGUACUCCAUGGCCUUAGCCGCUGACUCCCCCUCCGGGGACAUGGGAAGCCCUCUCGGGGGCUCCCCUGUGAAGAACAGCCUUCGGAGCCUCCCAACCCCUUAUGUGCCCGGUCAAACAGGAAACCAGUGGCAGAUGAAAAACUCGGAGAGCCGCCACGCAGUGAGUUCCCAGUACAGGAUGCAUUCUUACUACCCGCCUCCCUCCUACCUGGGCCAGAGCGUGCCCCAGAUCUUCACCUUUGAGGACGGCCCCUCUUACUCGGAAGCCAAAGCGAGUGUAUUUUCGCCACCCGGCAAUCAAGAUGCUGGCUUGGUUUCCCUCUCCAGCAGCUCUCCUGUUAGUAACGAGAGCUCAAAGGGAGUGCUCGAAUGUGAGUCUGCCUCGGAGCCCAGCAGCUUUGCGGUCACUCCUGUCAUCGAGGACGACGAAUAAUCGGGCACCCCGAUGCCUUUGGCCAUUCACCUGGAGUGGCAGGUUUAUUCCGUUUAUACACAGGGUUUGUUGUUAACAUUUUGCCUUGACUCACGCCGACUUAACUGUUGAGAAGAUGUUUGGUUUAUACUCCUUAGAGCUUAGCCCAGAGGCUAGAACACAUUUGGAAUAGUUUAGUAUCUGUGUCUACCGUCUGCAACAAUUAAGUGCUUUGCUCACGGAGUUAAAUAUUAAAUAGUAGUGUCCCUCAUUUUUUUAUGACACUGGUUUACAUGUAGUUUUCAAGAAAUACAACAAUUCACUCAAGUAAAGCAGUACAUUUGCAUCUAAAUGUGUCAAUUACUUUCAGUUUUAAAAUGAAAUCUUAGGUGCCUUAGUUAUGUUUUUGAAUUUUAGUAUUUUAAUAAAAGUGCUAAACUAUAAAUUUAGCCAAGUUCCUGACUGGUGAGAAGAAAAGAAUAGAGUUAGUGAUUAUUUUAGAAAUCUGCAGAAGGUUAAAUAGAAAUAGUGUGUGUGUUUGUGUUGCUGUUAGAAAAGCCUAGCCCUGACCCCAUCCCCUCAAAUCCAAAACGUGACUGAAAUAGUCAGAAGAAAAAAUUAAUGACUUUAAGAAUUGCUACCUUUUCUAAAGGGUAGUUUGAAAACAACACAAUUUAAAGUAACCCUAUAGUAAUGCAGAGUUCCUGAGUGUUGUUUCUAGAAUAAUAUAAGAGUUUAUGAUGCACAUUCUACUAUUAAAAAAAUGGAUGCAAUCUAGAUUAUUUUGUAACCUUAGGUUGUAAUCUGAUUUGAAGAUAAGUACAUCUUUAAAAGUUACUAUAGAUUUCUGAGUUCAUUUUUUGUUAAAAAUUGCUAGUGGUGUACUCCAUAUGUAACAGAAGCCAUCCUGAAAUGAAACUAGUCUAAAAAAAUUCAUUGUUCUGUGUAGUUGCAGCUGUACCUGAAAUAAAAAUGUUAUUGAUGCCUGAA